ACUUCAAAAAUGUCUCUAGGAAAUCAGAUUAUAAAUAAAAUUGAAGUCGUAUUGUAAAUUGAAAUUCAGUGUAAGACCUUGUCCCAACGUAGUACACUUUCGGUGGAAAGUCCAAUCAGCCUUUUCAAAAUUGUUUGGGUUUCCAGUGCUCAAGGGCCACACAUCCAACCAUGUCUGUUUCCGGUGGCGAGAGCAGUGGAGUCCCGAACCACACUACCGGGAUUUGGAGCAGGACCAGCCAUCACAAUGUUGUGGAAGCCUUUCCGAUCGGCGAUGGGCCGCAUGUUAUCCGUCACCGUCCGAACCAAGCCCACCGGCACCAUCCGCAACACCACCAACACUUGCGAAUGCUCCCAGCAGCGGAGCACCGUCCCAGGACACCACCACUCCGUCGAAUCCCCGUGCUCCGUAAGAUAGGUGGUAAUAGUAGCCGCGAAUUCCAGCGGAAUAUGGACUUCUAUUACCGCCUGAGGAACAGCGGCUUCGGAGGUCCUACAUCGGGAUUCGGUUACCGCCAGCUUCGUCAGGAGCUGCAGCUACCAGCCUAUGGCAACUGGCCUAUGAGCCACUCGGACAUCGAAGCGGUGACAUCUGAGGACGAAACGGAGCCUCUGGGUCACGACCACCACUGGGGACGGGCACAGUUGCAUUUCCAGCAAUAUCUGGGCACGGGCUAUCAAAACCAACAGUCCAGAACCACCACUAACAAUCCGAUCGUCCUUAAGUUGGAUCUGCACCUGAUCGAAGUGAAACCCAUCUACGACAUCCUUUGCGGUCUUGGUCUGAAGGAGGCUUUGAGACUGGCCUUCAACGAAGUCUUUCACUUGCAGUAGCCACGCUCCUGCGUCCACAAACUUUCGAUAAUAAAGAUUAGAAGCAACAAAA